AUGGCCAACCUCAUUUCUACAGUAUCUCUCAUCGCUGUUCUCUUAAUCAUCACCUCCAAUACAUCUUCUGCAUACAGAACCACCACCAUAACCGCCACGGUCGACGAAACCGACCCGAGAGGAACAAAAGAGCAAUGCCGUGAGGAAGUCGAGAAGCAGGACUACACCGACUGUGCUCUGUACAUGAUGGGAUGGAGUGCAAGAGGAUCAAAACAAGAUGUCUCGGAAAAAAACCAGCAGGAACAGCAGAUUCUCGAGCAGUGCUGCAGUGAAAUAAAGCGAGUAGACAAAAAAUGCCAAUGUGACGCAAUCGAAGCUGUUAGUCAGGAACUACUGAUGCGAGGAAUAGUUGAGAAGGAAGAGUAUGAGGGGGUCAGGCAGAGGGCAGGUUCCAUUUCUUCUUCUUGUGGGCUGCGAGAGCAUUGCGACAUCCGAUCGAUGUUGUUCUAA